ACGCAUCAUAGAACGUUAGGAAGCUGCGUGAAAGAUAAUUCAGUUGAAAUAGAAUAUUAGCUGCUAGUAUUUGCAAAGAAAAACAAGUGUUUCAUUUUCUACCAACAGAUAAUUAAUGUAAAGUGUUUAAAAAUCUUUCAAUUCUAUUUCGCUGUGUGAAAAUAAGCAGCUGGAAGCCAAGAUGGAUGGGCUCCGCUGGUCUCAAGUGCUGUUGCAAUGGGUUAGGCAUUCUGAAUUGAUCAGCGACCAGUUCGACAGUAUAGAGCAAUGCAAUGUGCAAGAAUUUUACCAGCGAUUCCGAAGUCGAAUGGAAUCUACCCUCAUAAUCAAGGAAGAAAACAUCAUAGACUUCCUGAAAAAGCAUUUUCCACAUUAUGAGCUGUACUUGACAGAAUCAGACCAAAUUGCAGCCCCAGAUCAUUUCUAUAUAUUCUCGUUGCUGUUGUAUUUCUCCUGCGUCCGGCAUCCAGACACCUUUUUCCAGCAUAUUUGCAGCGGUUUCGAUAAGCUGCGUCAAGUGGCUGUCGGAGCAUUUUUAAAAUCUAUGUUAGACAAUAGCCAACAGCGAAAAGAAGUUGACCGGAUGAUGAUUCAGCGUGCUAUUCAAGAUGCGAUGCCCCAGACGAUGCUACCACCUGCAUCGUCCGUUUCAUUGGAUCCGCCUCUACCAUCCAUGUCGCAGGCAUCCUCUCAAUUAAGUGUUCCUUCGCGAAUCACGUCGGCAGAUCUGCUAGACAGUCCGCUGAGGUUGAGUAAUCGAGUGCCGAAGUUGUCACCGCCUACACCGAAGACAAUUAUUCUGGAUGAGCGAACGCGUCAACUGAAAGAGCUGAAGGCACAGUUGGAAGCCGAACGGUACGAAAAGGGCUACCUGGAAAUGCAACUUAAGCAGCUGCAGGAUAAAAAUGAUCGAUUCAUGGAUGACAAACGCAAGCAGUUGAAGGAAAUCCGUGAACUUAAAUCCGAACUGCAGUCGUGCAAUCGGGAAAACGAAUCGCCUAAUAAACAGCGGGAUGCCGAUCACAAGUUGAACCGCAUCCAGCGGCAGCUCAACGAAAAAGAAGAAAAUCUUGACCGUCUCAAGAUUGAGCUGGAAACGAUAAGCGAAAACAACAGACAUGCAACUGAAAUGAUUAAUUACCGAAACUGUCAGAUUUCUAAGUUGAACAAUAAAAUUCUUGAGCUGGAAGGAUCGAUUGUAACGUUGAAUGAGUGUAUUUUGGAGAAGGAAGAAAUAAUCAAGUAUCUACGGGAAAACAACGAGGAUUUAGAAAAUUUUAUAAAAGAAAAUCGCUUGAAACGGGAAGCAGCCGCAGCAGAUAAUCUAAACACUUCAUUCGAAUGUAUGGAACUCAGUUCAGCGGGUAAUAGCACUGGUACAAGCGGGGGAACCGGAACAAGCCCGGAGAAUAUGGCUUGUGCGGUGAUCGAUGUACAACUAAAGGAGAAAGUAGCUGAAAAUGCAUUGCUCAAGCGUUCCCUUGAAUCAUAUGAACAGGAAAAAGUACGAGUAUCUGGGCUGGUUGGACAGUUCUUUCGAUUAUAUGGUGAUAUUGUCGGUAGUUUUCCCAAUUCGAUUGAAAAACCGAACGAUGUGGGAUUCGUAGAGAAGAUGAAUAUUUUUAAGAUCUGUUACGAAACGUUGUUCGAGGAGUAUGGCAAAGCGAAGGUAGGCAAAGAGUUGUUGGAGGAAAAAAAUGAUGUCUUAGAGAUAAAUGUAAGCCAGAUGAAGGCAGAAGUUAAUGCAAAAGAAGAAGUGCUUCGAGAGUUGGAGAUUCACUCGGCACAGAUAGAAAGAGAUCUGGCAGCAGUGAGGAAGACUGCUGUUGACUACCAGAGACAGAAUGAAGAUUUAAAUGAGAAAUUGCUGAAACAGAAGCGUGAUUUUCUAAAGUUGAUUUCGGAAAAAGACAAUCUUCAUCAAGAUUGCGAUAAACUGAGCAAACAAAAUUUGAACCUAAAUGUGGAGCUCAAUAGUGUGAAGGAAGAGUAUGACUCGAUUACCAAAAAGAUUGACUAUCUUAUGAUAUUGCUGAAUGAAGAUUACGAGGGCAGUGAUUAUUCGUCGUGGUUUGACAAGAUGGACGACAUGAGAGAACGUCUUAGAACCCUGAAAGAAGAUAAAGACAAACUGACUGCACUCAAUAUGAAACUAACAGUCGAGAAAAUUGCAUUACAGAAAGAAAUUAGUAUCGGCGAAUCUCGUCAACAAAGUUUCCAGAAUCAGCAAAUCGAUGCAGAGAAAAAAGUACAGAUUCUUACAGAAGAACUGAAACAAAUACAAACAAAUCUGGACGAAAGAAACGAAAAGAUUUGUUUUAUCGAAAAAGAGAAAACAGAACUACAACAAACAAUACAGACUAUAAAAGAAGAUUUACUAAAUAGCCAAUCUUCAUUAAAUGUCACACGAAAGCAGUUGGAAACUACCCAGCUAUCCCUAGAAUCUGUUCAAAGCAAAAUGAAUCUUAUUCAAGAAGAGCUUUUGACUGCUAGAGAUAAUAAUUGUACUCUUCGUGUUGACCUGGAAAAUCAGCAAAAGUUAACCGAGAAAUUUGAAACUCAGAGCAAAAACAUCUUACUUGAAAAGAAUGAACUGGAGAGUAAGCUUGAGUUGUUUGAAAAAGAUUUGUUGACUAAAACUCAAAAGUUAGAAGAAGUCUCCCGCCAAGAAGAUUAUCUAACUCAAGAAAACACUCAACUGAUCGAACGUGUCAGUCAACUACUAGCAGAAAAAACCAGUUUGGAGCGCACUGUUGUUCAGCAACAAAACAUUUCUCAGAAGAAUAUUGAAGAAAUAGAACAUUUCGCGUCCAAAAUCCACGAAUUGGAACAGCUUCUAUCGAUCAAAACUUCUGAGAUCGAGCAGCAAGAACGUAACUGGAACGAUCGUCAGGAACAAACUCAGAAGCAGUUAUCAGAUGCUCGCAAACAGCAAGAUCUGCUCAACCUCGCAAACCGUUCUCUUUUGUCCGGAUUCGAUUUAGUUCAAUCUCGAAUCUUGCAACUGGAAAGUCUAUAUUCGUCUAAAGUAACUACUUUGCAGAAGAAAAUGGGUCAGAUCUCCGAUUUACUCACAAAACUCUCCGCCUAUCAAUACAAGGUACGACUCGAGAAGAGUUCUCUGGAGGAAAAUCUUGCUCAGAUUGUGACUGAGUUUGAGGCAUUGCAAUUGGAAAAUGAACAACUGGAAACUGACAAAACGGCUUUGCAGAAACUACUCGCUGACUCCCACGUGGAAAAGCAGACUGCCAUGGAACGAAAUGUUGAACUGGAAGAUGAGGUAUCUGAAAUGAAUGUUAGACUAAAUCUGGAGCGAACCAACGUCAAAGAAUUACGCGACCAACUGGAGGUGCUAGUGAUUGAAAAAACAAAGGCCAUAGACGAAGGAACCAAAGUAGAGGCAGACUUGCGAAAACAUUUGCACGACGCUGAGAAUCUGUCCAAGAAACUGGAUUCUGACGUUCAGAGAGUUGAAGGUUUGCUAACCGAUUUGAAUAGACAGUUGCUGGAAAAGGUAGAUCAGCUACGCGUUCUUUCUAACGAACACGACGAGUACGAAAUUCGUUACACUCAACUGGAAGUUGAACUGAACGAAACACAAUCAAACUUAAAGGACCAAAAGAAACUCUCAGCACAGCAAUUGUUGGAAAAACAAGAUUUAGAAGAUCAACUCCACGCAUUGCAAUCGGAAAAAACUCAGUUAGAAUCUGAUCUCAGCGAAAGUUUGGGCCAGCUCGAAGAAAAAAGUGAAACCAUUUCACGAUUGUGUCGCGAGAAAGAGAGGCUUGAAGAAAAGGUCGAAGAACUGGCUACGGUGUUAGGAGCAGUACGGGAGGGCAAAGCUUCUCUGCAUGAAGCACUCGAACAGGAGCGGGAGAAAUCUGAUGAACUAGGAUGUCAACUAACGGAUGUGAGUGAAGAGCUUGCUAAGCUUCAGAAUGAGCGUCAAGAACUCCUGUUCAGCCAGGAAAUGCUCUUAAACGAGAGAAAUGAUUUAGUCGAAAAGAUGGAUGAAUUGACCGAAUCAAUAGCGCUACUUGAAGAAGACCGUGACACACUGCGAGAGGAGAAAUGUCGUCUAGAGGCCGAGGUCGAAAGAAUCGACACCGAGAGGGAAGCACUGAGUGAACAGAGUGGCAAACUGUUGACCGAGAUUUCGAACGUUCGCGAACAAUUGAAAUGCGAGAAUAGCCAGCAGGAAGCCCGAUUCAAACAGUUGACAACAGAUUCAGUUGCAUUGGAAGAGAAGUUGAAACUUUGUACAGAAGAAUUACGUGUUUCUUCUUUAAGAGUUCAAGAACUGGAAAAAACAUGUAAAACUAUGGAAGUGUCGUUAGCAGACAAAGAAGUUUUAGAGAACAAAGUUGCAGAAUUAUCGCAAAAUGUAACUCGAUUAAACUCCGAAAAAUCAAGCCUUGGUAUGGAACUGACAACUGUACAAAAGCAAUUGAAGUCGCAUCAAGACACGAUUGAUCAAUUAAACUCCAAUUCCUUGAAAAUUACUGAAGCCAACAAUCAAUUGCUAGAACAAAAUGAGUUAAUUGAAAUGGCUAAAAAAGAAUUGGAAGUGAAGGUUUGUAGCUUAACUGAAUCACACAAAAAUGCAUUGGAACAGAUCACUUCAUUGGAGAUUGAAACGGAAACCCUUUCGAAUGAAAUUUCUGCGCGGGAAACAAUCCUAGCCGAAAAAAAGGAUUUACUGAAGGCGCUUCAGCGCAAGCAAAACGAAACAAACGAAAGUCUCAAAACAAAAACCAAUGAAGUUGCAUCAAUAGCGGAACAACUAGCUCAAAUGACUACGCAGUUAAAUACUGUCAAACAGACGAAAGAAGAUGAAAUUUUGCAACAAACAAGCACGCUUGCCGCGGUGACAGAAAAUCACCAGCAGGUAGUGCAAAAGUUGGAGCAAGCUGAAAGAGAAAAACUUUCUUUGGAGUCUCAAUUGGAAAAACUAUCUGACGAAUUGAAAAUGUUUUCAACUCAAACGUUAAACAAGCAACAGGAAAUCGAAACAAAGGAAUCGGAGAUUCUAACGUUGAAUGAAGCACUGGCAGCAUCCGAAGCUAAAUAUGCUGAACUAAGGCAGAACAUUGAAGUAAUGGCAUCCGCUAAGCAAGCAUUGGAAAAACGUUUGCAAUCUACGGAAACGGAACUUGUUAAUAAGCAAGAAUAUUUGUUAGGGGAAGAAAAGAAAUCGCUUGAACUUGCCGAACGUCUAUCAGAAGCCAUUGCUGCACAGGGAAGUGAACGGAAACAGUUGGAGGAACUACAAAAAAUUCGAUUGUCUUUAGAAUCUGAACUAAAACAAUUGAAUGCACAGUUGACCGAAACAAGGGCAGCGAACACCAAUCAUCAAAAGUUAAUUGCGACCAAAGAAACUGAAAUUAUUCAGUUAACUGAAGGACUUAAAGAAGUGAAACAGUUCCAGUUGCAGUUGGAGUCUAAGGUAGCAGAUUAUGAAACGGCUGUUGCGGACAAAGAUCAACUAGACUCACAAUUAAUCCAGUUGCAAAAUAAAUUAGAACUCGUCCAGGAUGGUAAACGCAAAAUUGCUGACGAUUUGGAGAUACUGCGAGAGGAGAAGUCUGACACAGAAACGCGGCUGAUUCAACAAUUGCAGGAUUACGAUACGUUGAAUGAAGCUUUCCUCAAUGAACGUGAACUUAAUAAAGAGCUAGAUCAGAAACAACAGGAACUAGCUAGGAAAUUAGUUGCUUUUACAGAUGAAUGUAAUCGAUUACAAUUGACUCUCGAAGAGGCCAAAUCUCAAAUUGACUUGAAAGAUAAAUUGAUGGCCGAAAAGGAUAAGCAAAUGGAAUGUUUGAAAAACGAAAUUGACCGACUGUUUGGAACAAAUCAACAAAUUGAUACGUUAACACACGAGCUAAUGACGCUUAAAGUUGCCAACACCGAACUGCAAACGAAGAAGGAUGAACUUCAGGAUACAGUUGAAUAUAAACAAACCCAGGAGAAGGGUUUGCACGAGAGCAUGGAACAACUGCGAGUCAGUCUGAAAUCUAAACAACAGGAAAUUGAUUCAUUGCAUUCUGAUUUGGCUUCACUGAAGGAUAAUCUUCAUAUUUUAAAAAUAGAAAAUAGCAAAAUGGAAUCAGCUCAAGAACUUCAGAAGACUAUGAUGCUUAAUUUGGAACUGAAAAACUCUGAGCAAUGCAAAAAAAUCGAAAAGUUAGAAGAAUCACUGAGCAGAACAGAAACCAGUCAUCUGGAAGAUAAUUCCAAGGUCAGCGUGCUUCUGAAAGAACUGGAAAAGUACAAACACUACGGGCGAAAGAUUAAAGAACUGGAAGAGCUUCAUUUGAAGGAACGAGAUAUCAAUGUGAAGUGCCAACGUGACAGUGACAUUUUAGCUGCGAAGCUAGCGAAACAUCGCGAGAUUAGCGAGAGAAAAGAACAGCAGUGGAAACAAGAGAAGGAGUCGAUGUUGGAGAAAUUGAAUAAAACCGAAAAAAGUGCCGACGAAAGGGUGAAGGAUGUUCGCAUCGAGCUGGAAGGCAAAUUGGAGAAAAUGAAGGAAAAAAUGAGAACGUUGUACAAUGAAGAGAUGCAAAAAUUAAAGACCAAACACGAGAAGGAUUUCUUGGAUCUGAAGGAUGAACUACAGCUCGAAAGCAAAAAGUUCAAGAAACUUGAAAUUCAUGCUUCCAAGUGUCAGCAACAAAUAAAGGAGCUGAUAAAGGAGAACGAGUUCGUCAAAUCGAAACUGCGCAUUAUGGAAGGGAUCCAUGAGGAGCGUAAGUCGAUGCUUCCGCCUCCGCCGGUUCCUUCUCAGAUGAGUUCCAACCUCAAAAUGGAAGACGAAGAAGGAGAAGUUUUCAACAACACUUACCUGACCGACCUGAAAACAGGACGCAUGUCACCAAUGUCCACCGGUCGCGAAUCUAUUCGGUACUCCGAGCUGAUGCAUCGUAACUCAAUGGUGCCGCCACAUUUGAAAAGUAGUUACCUGGCACAGUAUACCGAUGGAGAGUUCACCGAUGAUGACAAUAGGGAUACCGCAUCGGGAGCAUUGGACGACAGCAGCACCAGCUUGAUCUCACGUAAAAAAGUUGAUGGCCAAACCACCUACAAGCGUCCUGGACCUCCAACGCCCAGCAAAAAGGGUGGCCGAUUGUCAUUUGGAGGCUCGUUACCCACCAACGACUUCCAGUAUAAGGAAAUUUUGAAAGAUAGUUCCAAUAACGGUUCUAUCGGUAGUCGGUUAAGUUUGGGUGGUCGCAAAAGUAACGUCGGGGCAGCGGGCGGCAGCAGUGUCGAACUUGCAGAAUUGAAUGCCCGACGUAAGACGCCUGGCAAGUUCAAACAGAUGUUUAACGCAACUAGUUUACUCAAUCAACUGGGCAAAGACGAGCUCACUCCAAAUCGCAACCAGAUUGCACUAAACGGAACUCCCAAACAUUCCGAGAAGAAAAAUCUACACAGGAUCGAUUCGAAUGAGCAACGAACACCGAGCAAAUCAAAGCGAGAUUCCACUGGUUCUUCUAAUGUCCGGCUACCUAAACGAAACACACAUUUGCGAAAGUUGACCACCAGAUUUGAUAAGAAUCGUCGACUGAGCAGUUCCGAUAAUGACAGUUCAGGCAGUGCAGUUAGUCGAAACAGUUGCGAUCCGUACGGAGGAUUUUCGUAUGAUGGAACACCAGAUAAAAUCCGAAGAAUAGACAUAAAUUCCAUGAAUGUAUUUAAUAAACCUGAACGCCAAAAUGUGCAAGUAAUCGUUUUCAGCGGUGAUAAAAUGGAUGGCAAUAACAACAGCUUGCAGGAUGUGAACAAGUCAAAUUUAGAGGAUAGACAUUUAAUUAGUAUCGAACAAAUUGGAACCAGUGAUUUCGAACAACGGCUCGUUAACAAUCGAAGGGACAAUCAUCGCCGGAAAAGUCGCCAGCAACGGCGAUUAUCUUUCAAUCGAUUUAGAAGUAUCGAUGGAAACGCCACUGUAAAUUCAGCAAACGGUACAAUCGAUCCUGACGAAAACGGUGUAGAUAUUUCUCAAUCGCAAUUCGAAUCGUUAGCUCAACAGAAAGACUUAGAGCGACCAAGUGAAAUAUUGCCUCGAAGACAGCAAAACGCAAAAUCGUUACUCGAGAAUAGUUUGGUUGACCCAUUCGAUGAUGUUGUUACUAGUUCAACCGGUUUGAAUCCACUCACAAAUUUUCCGUUUUCAUGCGAACGACUAACAGAAAUACUUCGCACCGCAUUGUUACAGAAACAAAGAUUCAACCGUCAUAAAGUUCCUGUCAAAACAGAAAAAUGUGAAAAGUCGCCUUCUAAUGAUCAAAUGAACACGGUGUUGAUUCUGUUUGCUGGACUGAGCUUCUCAGCACUUCUUUUCAGUAUCUAUCUACAUUACGUGGACUUUCAGGGGCCUAGAGACACGUGAUUGUUAAUAGUGAAGAAAUUCGUAGCGUAGUUUUGUGAUGUUGCAUGUUGAAGAUUGUGAGUAUGAAUGAUCCAUCCACAGCAGCAGUAGAAAGUUUCGUAGCCGAUAGUAUAUUACCGUCCGAAUAAUAAUUUGUAAUUUUUACCUAUUGUGAUAUAUUUUAUUUUACUAAUCUGUGUGUUUUAUGUGUAAGCAAAAUAAACUGAACUAUGUUAUGAAAUUGAUAUCGUAAUUUGUGUUUAGUAUCUGAAUUUCAGAUUAUUUAGUAUAUGUAGUAGUAGUAGUUGUUGUUUUGCUAGUUAUCCUAGUAGUUCGACCACACAUUGCGUCUGUGAAACUAACGGAAUGCCUCAUUUUCGGAAAAGGAAUUCUCAGUACUACAACUCAAAGAAAUCCAUUCCCAUUGUCAUAAAGCUUUGAU